AUGUACAAACUACAAGCCAAAAGGGUAAAAGCUACUGCUGGGCGGGUGUGGUCUUCAAAUCUCUCCAAAAUCAGAAAAUCUCUUAAAAAUGUUUACCAUAAAUGUAAGAACCAAUACUCAGAGUCAACGCGAUACCCACCUAAGACUUCCUAUGACUGUGACCAAGAAGACCUCAGUACUGAUGAAGAAACAAACCUGACAGCCAUGCUCCAAGAUAUCAAAACUAUCCAAUGUGAACUCCUCAGUCAAAUAACCAAUAUUGUCAGUGAAGUACCAAAAAUACAGAAAAAUGUUGAUUUUUUUCAGAAGCAUACAGAGGGAAUGGAAACUAGAAUGAAUGCUAAUGAAAACAAACAACACACAGUAACCAAAGAGAUCUUCUUUCUGAGAAAAGAGAUUGAUGAUUUAAAGAAGAAGGUGAUAGAACUGGAAAACCAGAAUUCUUGUGCUAGUGUACAUUAUUUGGAGAUUCUGGAAAGGGAAAAGGGUAAAGAGAUCAUAAAACAUUUUCAUCAACUCAUCGAACCAGAAACAUCAAUCUCUACAGACGCUGAAAUCCACUCAAAAGAACCAAAGACAAUGUCUAGUUACCUCCAGCCCACUGGUCAUCCUGAGGAAAACACAAGUUCUACCAAAGUUAAAAAUUUGAAGAAAAUUAACCAGCCAGAUGCUUCAAGACACUUAAAAAAGGCAAAUCCACAUAUUCAUAUUUACCCAGACUUUCGUACAUGGAUCAAGCUAACUUUUGUCCAUGGAGAAAAGUGGGGAUUUUUUCUCAGUCCAACAAAAUUAGAGGAAUUCAUUCAGUGGCUUCUUUCUAGACCAACCAUUCCUCUUGAGGAACCACAAUGCAUAACCCAGAGAUAUUAUCCACUCGCUGGAUCUAUUGCAGGCUUGACCACAAUCUGCCUCUCUGUUUUCAACUAUAUUUGCUGUCUUUUUGGUUCCUCAAAAGAGCAAGUAACUCGACUGUAA